GGCUCUAUACACAUACGAGGAUGGCUCCGAUGACCUCAAGCUUGCAGCGUCAGGAGAAGGGGGCUUACAGGAGCUCUCGGGCCACUUCGAGAACCAGAAGGUGAUGUACGGCUUCUGCAGCGUCAAAGACUCCCAGGCCGCUCUGCCAAAAUAUGUGCUCAUCAACUGGGUGGGUGAAGAUGUCCCUGAUGCUCGAAAGUGCGCUUGUGCCAGCCAUGUGGCUAAGGUGGCUGAGUUCUUUCAGGGCGUCGACGUGAUUGUGAAUGCCAGCAGUGUGGAAGACAUUGACGCGGGCGCCAUUGGUCAGCGGCUCUCCAAUGGGCUGGCGCGCCUCUCCAGCCCCGUGCUGCACCGACUGAGGCUGCGGGAGGAUGAGAAUGCUGAACCUGUGGGCACCACCUACCAGAAGACUGAUGCAGCUGUGGAAAUGAAGCGGAUUAACCGUGAGCAGUUCUGGGAACAGGCCAAGAAAGAGGAAGAGCUUCGGAAGGAGGAGGAGCGGAAGAAGGCCCUGGAUGCCAGGCUCAGAUUUGAGCAAGAACGAAUGGAACAGGAACGGCAGGAGCAAGAGGAACGUGAGCGGCGCUAUCGAGAGCGGGAGCAGCAGAUUGAGGAGCACAGGAGGAAACAGCAGACUCUAGAGGCUGAAGAGGCCAAGAGGCGGUUGAAGGAACAGUCUAUCUUUGGUGAUCAACAGGAUGAGGAGGAAGAGACCCAGAUGAAGAAGUCAGAAUCAGAGGUAGAGGAGGCAGCUGCCAUUAUUGCCCAGCGGCCUGACAACCCACGGGAAUUCUUUAAACAGCAGGAACGAGUUGCGUCGGCCUCUGCGGGCAGCUGUGAUGUGCCCUCACCCUUCAACCACCGAUCAGGUCGUCCGUACUGCCCUUUCAUAAAGGCAUCGGACAGUGGGCCUUCCUCCUCCUCCUCCUCCUCCUCUUCCCCUCCACGGACUCCCUUUCCCUAUAUCACCUGUCACCGCACCCCAAACCUCUCUUCCUCCCUCCCAUGCAGCCACCUGGACAGCCACCGGAGGAUGGCACCUACCCCCAUUCCUGCCCGGAGCCCAUCUGACUCCAGCACAGCCUCCACCCCUAUCACUGAGCAGAUCGAGCGGGCCCUGGAUGAGGUCACAUCCUCGCAGCCUCCACCACUGCCACCCCCAGCCCCACCAGCCCCAGAGAACAAGGAGCCCAGCCCCAGCCUGGACACUGAAGAAACCUGCAAGGAAGCCAGAGCAGCAGGCCCUCAGGCCUGGGCUGGCCCCAUGGUGGAGGCUCCUCAGGCACAGGAGCUUCCCCAGGGGCAGGGCUGUGCCGUGGAGGACUUGAUGUUCAUGGAGUCUCCAUCGAAGGCUGUCCUGGCUGCCCCUGUGGAGCCUGCCACAGCUGAUAGCACUACGGCCAACCUCGACAACCUCUCAGAAGUCGACACCCAUACAGCUGACACCAUUGAAACCGCCACUGACACCGCUGUUGCCAACAAUAUCACCCCCACCACUGCCAGCCUCGUAGACCUAUGGCCUGGCAAUGGGGAAGGGGUCUCAGCACCUCAGGCAGAACCUAGGGCCCCCACACCACCCUUGGGUGCUGAGGCCACCCUGGCAGAGGUGCCUCUACUUGAUAAGGUGGUACAAGAGCCACUUGUGCCAGUGGGUGAAGGCUGUGCCAACCUGCUCAAUUUUGAUGAGCUGCCUGAGCCCCCAGCCACCUUUUGUGACCCAGAGGAGGAAGUAGGAGAGCCCCUGGUUGCCUCCCAGGCUCCAACUCUGCCUUCUGCUCUAGAGGAGGUGGAUCAAGAGCCAGAGCCAGAGCAGGAGCUGGAGCAGGAACCCCACCUACUGACCAAUGGCGAGACCACCCAGAAGGAGGGGACCCAGGCCAGCGAAGGGUACUUCAGUCAAUCACAGGAGGAGGAGUUUGCCCAAUCCGAAGAGCUGUGUGCAAAGGCACCACCUCCUGUGUUCUACAACAAGCCUCCAGAAAUUGAUAUCACCUGCUGGGAUGCAGACCCAGUACCAGAAGAAGAGGAAGGCUUCGAGGGUGGCGAUUAGUGGUGGCUCCUGCUCUCUGGCUGCCCUUGCCAAGGCUGCCCUCACCAAGGCUGCCCACCUGUGCGGGCCUCUGGUCAGAUGGCCCACAGCGCCUGCAUCUGCAGCAGCUCCGCCUGGCACCUCCUCUGGAUUCCAGCUCUGGCCGGGGACUUUUCCGCUUCCUUACCCACAGGGCCUGACUUUUACAGCUUUUCUUUCUUUUUUUUUAAAAAGUUGAUAGGAGACUUGUACAGUUGACUGGUUUUCCUCUCGUUGGUAGUUGAGACGCUGUUGCAAAUCCCUACCCCCACCCCCAACCUGGUCCAGAUUGUAGCUUAGUCCUCCCUGCUCAGCUGGUCAGGGUGGAGGCCUCACCCCGCUUCGGGUCUGGAGUGGGGGAAGUUCUGGUGGGACAAUGUGCCCCCACCUCUUUUCCUAGUUUUAUGUUUCUCGGAAAAAUAUCACUUUGUAUUCUCUGUCCAGGGCUUCAGAUAUUUUGCACGAAUUUUAAAACAUGGCAAUAAAUGGCUCGUGGGCUCUGGUUCCCUGGGACCCCUCCCUGCCCUUCUCUUGACCCUUUCCUGCCUGGCCAGAAGGAAGCAGUAGGCCCAGCUGGGGCCUCUCGGCUUCCCCGCCCUCUCCUGCCGGGCAGGUCCCAGGCUGGAGGCCCUAGGCAUGAUUCAGGUCAGGGCUAUGGAUGGAGCCCAGAGGGUUUGGGUGGUCUCUUCCAAAUUCCUUCUUCUUUGCUUGGGUUCCUUUUUCACGUUCAGUAACUGUUUUUUUGGAAAGCACAAACUUCUGUAACGGGUCGUGCUUAUGUCUGUUAAUAAAGAAAUCCAGAUCCC